GGCCUGCGGGGGUCGCCCCCUGAGGAGGCUGCCGGGGCGGGCGGGGUCGGGGGCGGCCUGCGCCGUGGGCGCGGUCGCUGUUCAACCGCGAUAAGCGCGAAAGCCUUUAAAUGGCAGCUGGAGGGUGCUGGGGAGUGCUGCUGAAUUCCCCUUCCCGGCCAGGGAUGUGGGGGUUUGACCGUUCUUCCUGCACGGACACACAACACCGGGUGCUUUUGUGUUCUGAAAGCACCUUAACCCGGCAAUGGAAGCGGGUCCCAUCGUGACAUCCAAGCAGCGGGAGGAGGUGGUGCUCGGGGUCCCCACCGAGGUGGUGUGCACGGCGUUCUCCAACUCCGUCCUGGUGGUGGUCACACAGUACGGCAAAAUGGGGACAAUCGUCUACGUGGACCCCAACACAGUCGGUGACAACAUGGGCAGGCCCUCGCUCACCACAAAGGUGCUGCUGGGCAAGGAUGAGCCCCUCGUCCAUGUGUGUGCCAAACACCUGGUGGCAUUUGUCUCUCAGGAAGCUGGGAACAAACCUGUUCUUCUCGCCAUGGCUCUGAAGGACAAGACGAUGGAAGGGAUACAAGCUCUACGGGAAGUGAUCCGGAGUUGCCAAGUGUGGUGAAGCUGUGCCAUCUGGAUUCAAGGAAAUGAUCUUGAGUCUGUGACUCAUCGCCACUUAUUUAACAGGACAAGAAAUGAAAAUGAUGGCACAUCUUUGUGCUGGUUUUGGACUCGCUGAGGAAUUUCAUGACUUUUUCUCUACUGUGUAGAACGUUUGUGGGGUUUGUUAUGGUGACAGGUUUUUACAGUCAAUAUAGACAGUGAUGAGACAAGAACAAUCGUCUCAAUAUUCAAGAGAAGUGUUAUUUUUGUCCCAUUGGGUGGGAUGUGUAUUUGGGAAAUGGCACAGCUCUGCAUUUGUGAGGAGCAGCAGAUGCCAAGCUCUGUAGCUACACUGUACCGCAAAGGGGGAACACCCAGUGCAGAGUGAAUAAAAGAAACAUUGAAGAAUC